GAUGCUCUCCAGUUCCAGCAGGUGGCGGUAGUGUUCAACUGUAUGUAAUCGGCUUCUCUGAGACCAACAGAGAAGAAGGCUACCCGCUCUAAUGGAAACGCGGUUCGUGGAAAAUUCUCUCAGUCUUUAAGUUUCCCCAUUGGAUAGAGCUUCAGGUCGCUUCAGCUGAGCUGGAGCUGAGAAACAUGAGUACCCCAAGCUUACAGCAGCCCAGCUUCCUGCUGGCAAACCUUAAAGCUGAUGCCACCACCAAACAUCUGAUCCAGCGAUGUCAGGACCUGCUGAAGAUCAUAGACGAGUACCCUGCUAAGGAGCUGCACCUGAUCUUCCCCUGGCUGGUGGAGAAUGUGUUUGGAAGUCUGGAUGGCAUCAUCUCUGGCUGGAACCUGCGCCUCCUUCACUCACGGAGCAACGAGUACAAUGUUGUUCUGGACUUCCUGAACCCGAGCGGCCCAAUGAUGAAGCUGGUGUAUAAACUUCAGGCAGAAGACUACAAAUAUGAACUUCCUGUCAACUAUCUCCCGGGUCCUGUGAAGGUCUGCAUCCAGGAGGGCGUUCUUCCUGACUGUCCUCUGUUCCACAAUAAGCUGCAGUUCCCGCCGCCGGGCGUCCUGACUCCGAACCUCGCUCUCAAUCCUUUUGAGUUCUUCAUGUUUAACUUCGCCUACUGCCUCAUCGCUCCGAGGAACCCCCUUCAGGCCCAGCUCAGCAGCUGGACCGACAGCGCCUACUUUGUGUUGGUGGACAUGUAUCUGAAGUACUUCCUGCCCGUCGAAGGAAGUGUUCCUCCGUCUCCGUUCUCCGACUCCAGAGGCUCCGUCACGGCCCCGUCGCCGCGAGCGUCCAGUGUGUCAUUUGCUGGUUACGGCGUUCACAGCCCAAGCCUCCUGAAGCAUCACAUCUUCCACCAGCCGUCGGUGAACGCAGACCCUGCAGCCCAGGAGAUCUGGAGGUCAGAGACACUGCUGCUGAUGUUUGUAGAGAUCUGGCUCCAUCAUUACUCCUUGGACAUGUACCAGAAACUGCAGUCUCCUCAGGUAAAGCUGGCGGUGCUGCAGUACCGCCUCAGUAUGUCCAGCCUGCCGUGCCAACCCCACGCCCCACCAGGCUCUGGGACCUUCCACACCUACCAAGAGCCCUUUAGUCCAUCAGAUGAGCACGUGUUGGUGGUGCGCCUCCUGGUGAAACAUCUGCACGCCUUCUCCAACAGCCUGAAGCCCGAGCAGCUGCCUUCAUCGCCCUCGGCCCACUCUCACACCCACACCAGCCCGCUGGAGGAGUUCAAGAGGGUGGUGGUGCAGCGAUUCGUGCAGCAGAAGCUCUACCUGUUCCUGCAGCACUGCUUCGGACACUGGCCUCUGGAUGCCUCCUUCAGAGCCGUGUUGGAGACAUGGCUCAGCUACAUACAGCCGUGGAGAUACACAGGAGAGAACAACAAUCCCCAACCCGACCAAAACAGAACCAUCCUGGACAAAUGGGAGCCGUUUGUUCACGAGAACCUGCUUCUGUACACAAAGCUCUUCCAGGGCUUUCUGAACCGAGCAGUGAGGACUGACCUGGUCAACGCCAAGAACGCCUUGAUGGUGUUCAGGGUGGCCAAAGUGUUCGCUCAGCCCAACCUGACAGAGAUGAUCCAGAAAGGUGAGCAGCUGUUUCUGGAGCCGGAGCACGUCCUCCACCACCGACAACCACGUGGAUACCUUACACCGAGCCAGGGGGGCAGCUAUCUGUCGUCACGGCAACGGGUGGUGACGGACACGGUGUUGAAGGUGAAGAGCCACGUGUAUUCCCUGGAAGGACAGGACUGUCAGUACAAACAGAUGUUUAGCUCCGAGGUCAGAGGAGCGGUCCUGAAGUUCAUCCAGAUCAUCGCACAGGCCCGGCAAACGGCGAAGAGGAUAUCGGAUCACUCUAAUGAGGCGGCGGCCAACAAUUCCAUCUUGUCUUGGUUUGGACUCGGCUCCUCCGACCUCAACAACACGUUUUCUGGUUCCGAGCCUGAGGACAGUGGUGAAUGUCUGAAGAAGACCCACGAGUUCCUGGACCGAGCUCUGGAGAACCUGUGUCAGAUCUUUAAGUUGAACCAGGGCCAGCUGACUCAGCUCCUCUCCAACCUGAGCUCUUCCCAGGACGAUGGUCACUCCCGGCAGCUACCAGACUGCAUCCAGGGAGAAAACGGGCUGGUUCUGACCGACCUGGGCAGGAGACAGAUCAUAAACGGACUGCGCAGGUUUGAAGUUCAGUAUCAGGGGGAUCCGGAGCUGCAGCCCAUCAGGAGCUACGAGAGCGCCCUGCUGGUCCGGCUCCUCUACAGAGUGUCGUCGGUGCUGAACGACAGGUUCCGUCUCCACAUGAGCACUCUCUGCUCGCGCUCCGACUUGCUUGGUCGCCUCGGCCGUCGCUACCUGACUGUUCCCGACUCCUCGGUCCGGCUGAAGCGGAGCCCGAUGUCCCCGCGGACUCUAGAGCGAAGCCUUCAGCCGCGGCUGAGCCUGCGUCCGCUGGCGAGCUACAGGACGCUCCUGAUGCUGCUCCUCUUCUACACGCUGGGGGCCAUGAUGUCAUUCGGGCCCCUCCCCAGCACGGCCCUGCUACUGGCGGGGGCGCUCCUGUAUGGGUUGCUGAUGACGCUGUUCGCAGAAAAACUGAAAACGCCAUGAGACAAACAGCGACCCCGAACAUUAAUCUGCCCAGUUCCUUUCUCACUUUACUACGUUGGUUUGAUCCGAAAAUGAACUGGCAGCUUUCUGGGACACUUAUGAUGUAAAUACUUUUUAUUUUAACUUUUAAAGUGAAUAAAGUAUUUUUCUCAGUGAAAACAGAAAAACGUGAGUAAAAAAGAUUAAUUGAACAGUU